ACUCCUCCUCAUCAGUCAAAACAGGCUCCAUCGUGUCCGAUUCUCAAAGAACUCGCUCCUUUCUCUCCACACCGUCUUCUUCUCCGAUCAAUCUCUCAUCGACCAGAUCGAAUUUCCACCCGUCUAUAUCUAUCACUCACUCCUCCUCCUCGUCUGAUUUUGCAAGAUGAGCAUGAAGGCUACGAUUCUGAUAUUAGGGCUCGUAUGGAGCUUCCAGGCAGCGUUAGGGAUUAGAUUCGUCAUAGACAGAGAAGAAUGUUUCUCCCACAAGGCUGAAUACGAAGGCGAUACACUUCAUGUCUCUUUCGUCGUCAUCAAGUCUGAUUCUCAAUGGCAUUUUAACGAGGAUGGUGUAGAUCUUGUGAUACACGGCCCAACAGGGGAACAGAUUCAUGACUUCAGGGAGCAGAUAAGUGCCAAGCACGACUUUGUUGUCCAAAAGAAAGGGGUUUACCGUUUCUGUUUCACUAACAAGUCUCCUUAUCAUGAAACCAUUGACUUCGAUGUACAGCUUGGUCACUUUGCAUACUACGACCAGCACGCAAAGGACGAGCAUUUCACUCCCUUGAUGGAGCAAAUAUCAAAGUUAGAGGAGGCUCUUUACAACAUCCAGUUCGAGCAACACUGGUUAGAGGCUCAGACCGAUCGUCAAGCUAUCGUGAACGAGAACAUGAGCAAAAGAGCAGUACACAAAGCGUUGUUCGAGUCGUUUGCAUUGAUCGGUGCAAGUGUCCUCCAAGUUUACCUUCUGCGUCGCUUGUUUGAACGCAAACUCGGCAUGUCUCGUGUCUAAAUUAGUAUUUUCCUCCUAAGUUACCAUAUAAUAUUUACGUAGCUCUUUUUUUACAGACAAAUGUAGUUCACUGGAUGAUUUGCGUUUUCUCAUGUUUAAGAAUAUUAUCCACUCAAUGGUUAUGACUUAGACA